GGUGAAGCAAACCUAGAGAGGAACUUCACUUACCUUUUAAUGAGCGUCAGAAAGCAGCAUUGCCACGGCUGCCUACCCCGCAGACCUGCUGACGAGAGCCAGAGGGAUGGUGGUAGUUACAGGGCAGAACAAAGUGAGUGGAAACCCGGAUGAUGCCAUGUCGAGCUCGGAUGCAGAGGAUGAUUUCCAAGAGCCAGCCACUCCCACUGCAACCCAGGCAGGACAAGCGCUACCUCUGCUGCCUCAGCAGUUUCCAGAAGUUGUUCCACUAAACGUGGGAGGCAUGUAUUUUACAACAAGACUGUCAACACUGAGACGUUAUGAGGACACAAUGUUGGCGGCUAUGUUCAGUGGAAGACACUAUAUUCCAACAGAUGCUGAAGGCAGAUACUUUAUUGACAGAGAUGGAACCUACUUUGGAGACAUACUUAACUUUCUACGAUCUGGUGACCUGCCACCACGAGAGCGAGUGAGGUCGGUUUACAAGGAAGCACAGUAUUAUUCCAUAGGACCACUGCUAGACAAUCUAGAGGAUAUCCAGCCUCUUAAAGGAGAAAAAGUUAGACAAGCUUUCCUGGGCCUAAUGCCAUAUUACAAAGAUCAUUUGGAACGGAUAAUCGAAAUAGCAAAGCUUAGAGCUAUGCAAAGAAAAGCAAGAUUUGCAAAAUUGAAGGUCUGUGUCUUCAAAGAAGAGAUGCCCAUCACUCCCUAUGAAUGCCCACAUUUCAAUUCUCUACGUUUUGAAAGGAGUGAAAGUGAGACAAAGCUGUUUGAACAUCAUUGCGAAGUAGACGUAUCUUUCGGCCCCUGGGAGGCUGUGGCUGAUGUUUAUGACCUUCUGCACUGUAUUGUGACAGACCUGUCUGACAGAGGGAUAACCGUGGAUCAUCAGUGUAUCGGCGUGUGCGAUAAACACCUGAUAAAUCACUAUUAUUGCAAGCGUCCUAUCUAUGAAUUCAAGAUUACUUGGUGGUGAGUUAUUCUGUCCAGAAUGGUGCAGGGGAUGAGAAGACUUCUAGACGACAAUUGCUUUUAAUAUUUUUGCAACGUGUCUCUGGAAACGCAUUGCUGCUAACAUAUAUUGGAAUCAGUCUGCUGAAAUGUUGGCUAACGCUUAGCUGCUCAGCAAAGGAAACCUGUUCCAGAGGCUGAAAAACCUCUGAAAUCUUGAAAAACCAGCCUGAAACAAGACUGUUGGCUCAGGUACCUUAACGAGGCACAAAACAAAAUCACCUCAUGGAGAUUAUGGAGCAGGACAUCUAACAUCUUUUAAAAGGUGCCAC